AUGGCAGAAUCACCCGCGUCGCCACUCUCCUCCCUCGCGUCAGAGGAGUUCCCUGAGGAUGUCAAGUUCGACGACCCGGGACGGUCCCGUUCAAACUCCCCUCCCCAGGUACAUCCUUCGAAGCGCCGCAAGACCGGAAUAUCUGCAUGGGACCAUCAUACUCCAAUAUCGUCCGUCAAUGAUGACCUUCCGCCGCCGUCUCCAGUAGCCUCCAUAUCAUCGGACAGCUCCGGCGCGAUACCAAACUCCCCGGGUACGAUGGCAUUACUGGGCCCCGAGGAGGAUUACAGCGGCGCAGGGAGAGAUCAUAUCACCGUUUGUCUUUGGGAAGGCUGUGGCGCGAAAGAUUUUGGAAAUAUGGAUGCAUUGGUCAAACAUAUUCACAACGAACACAUUGGGUCUCGACAGAAGAAGUAUUUAUGCGAAUGGGGUGAUUGUGCUCGGAAAGGGCAGGCUCAUGCCAGCGGAUACGCUUUGCGCGCCCAUAUGAGAAGCCAUACCAAAGAAAAGCCAUUUUACUGCGCAUUACCAGAGUGCGAUCGUAGUUUCACGCGUUCGGACGCUCUUUCGAAACAUAUGAGGACCGUUCAUGAUACCGAUGCUCUAAAAUCACUCGACGCCCUGGCGAAGCAACAACACCCAACAACGUCUACACUCCCCAAGCCUCCCCGAAUUAAACUCAAGCUCCCGCCACGCAGAGAAAAUGACAAUGGCGAAAAACAAGAUUGGCAAGAACCAAAAAGCGACCAAGGCAAAGCAAGAGAGCCUAGUGACGUACCGAUCUUCGAUUCGGAUAUUGGUUUUGACGAGCACGAACUUUCGAUGCCACUAGAUCGACUUGCACGCCUAAUACGCCGGCAGAUUCACUGGGCAGAGCAAGAAUCUAAAACUUUGGAGCGAAACUGGGAGAUAAUCAAGCCACAAAGGAAGCAGACAUGGAAGGAGAAGGAGCUUAUUCUAGAUGACCUUAUCCAUGGUGAGCUACGGGUGUAUGGCACGGGGCCCAUUCCAGAUAGAAGGCCCACUAGCCGCGGUGGUGUGCAUAACCUGUCACCGAUGCCUGCCACAACGGAGCAGAUGAAAACACCAUCUUUGGAGAAGGCGAACCCGGAGGAGGUUGGUGGCGGGGAAGAGCUGCAUGAGCAGCAGGCACAGCCAUCUGAAAUCAAGUCACAUACUGACGAUGAUCGGUUGUAA